AUGAACGCCGAUUUUGACCCACCCUCCACAUCUUCAGGAAGCUUAAGACAGAAACGUCCUUCCGGUGAAUUUAACGACCCUAUAGCGUCUGGCACCUCCAUCAGAUCGAAGCUACCACGGCUUGCCUUUGAGGCUCUGGACGCCGAUGCAUUUUCACAUCCGGCGGCACAGCACUCACGUACGCUAUGUGUCGACUGCUCCAAGAUUGACAUUGAUGCUAUUUUUGCCACAAGAGCAGGCGACAUCCCACGUCAUGGCCGUCCAGUAUCAACACAUCGAAAGUCCUUGCAGUCAAGUUGUCAGCUUUGCGGUCUAGUGGCGUCGCUCCUAGACGUUGACAUAGAUGAGGAGGACGCCACGGACAGAGCGGCUGCUGAGGGAUGGCAUUUAAGAGUCUUCAGUUGUGCCAAAGCACUGCGGAUCAAACGGAGGCGCAAUGUCUCCGAACAGGCCGUCAUUUUAGCAGUGAUGAAGGGCAGUCCUCCAAGAGCCCAACCCACACUCGCUCAAAUCAAUGCAUCACUGUUGAGGGGUUUCAUUACCCCCAUCUUGACAAACACGGAAUCUUUCACGAAGUGUUUAGACACUAUUCGAGUUUGCGGGAACGAGGUGAAUCAACUGGAGGCAAACUUCUCCCUAAUACGCCAGUGGCUCGAACAAGACAUCAUCCCAAAGAAACCAAUCCAGCCAUCGUUCCGGUGCCAAGUCAUUGAUUGUUAUGACGGGAAGAUUGUACAGCACGACCCCUCAACGAAGUAUCUCACGUUAAGCUAUGUCUGGGGUAAGUCGGGGAAAUCUUCCAACAAAGUGUCAAACCCCCUGGUCGACUCUCCACAAACCGUUCAAGAUGCCAUUCAAGUGACACUACGACUAGGCGAGCGCUAUCUUUGGGUGGAUCGAUACUGUGUCCCUGAAGAUGGGAAGGAAAGGCAUCUUCAUAUUGCCAAUAUGAACCUCAUCUACGAAGGAGCAUUCGCGACGAUUGUUGCGGCUAAUCCUGGACCAAUGGAUGGACCGGAUUUAGGCCUAUAUGGGGUGUCCAAACCACGGAACAUACAAAAGAAACUCUAUCUUAACGCCAGGACUUUUGUAUCGACAUUGCCACAUGUGUCCUAUCACAUAGAUCGUUCGGUAUGGGCUACCAGAGGUUGGACAUAUCAAGAAGCAGUGCUGUCCACUCGCUGCUUAUUCUUUACCCCCGAUCAAGUCUACUAUGCUAGCAAACGGGUUUCCGAGUGUGAAAGUGUGCAACAUUCGCUUCUGCGACUUUUUAGCAGUAUGCACCAGACUCUAGAGCCUACCUUACUGAAGCUUGAACAUCAACUACGAUGCAACGGCAAUGGCAAUGCUAAUUCCGGGAGCUACGGCUCACAUUUAUUCGAAUACGCGAAGAGAAGUUUGACGUUCGAUCUGGACAUACUUGAUGCAUUUCGGGGCAUUCUAGCCAAAACUACGCGAACCAGUUACUGGGGAAUACCUAUUUCAUUCAGUGGUUCCCGGGACACGAAUAUAACAUUUGCGAAACACCUUUGCUGGACUGUUGACCCAAUGACCAGAGAAGUCUCGACAAGACGCACAUACUUCCCGUCAUGGUCGUGGACGAGUGUGGGGGCCCUUAGCGAUGCGGAGGCCACUUUGCUUUGGAGUAGGUACCCGCACGCUCGAUUUGCCAUUGAGCUGGACGACGGCACUGUCUUACCAUUGUCGGACUUAGCAAAGAUAUAUCCAAAGCGUGGUCAGGCCAUUCCGGAGCGCAAUCCAUUUCUACACGUCACCAGUUGGCUAUUUAAGGCACACGUUAGACGCGACGACCAAAGUCAGCAAUGGUCCCUGACGCAACUACAAUGGCCCAGUGGAAGAUAUCUCUUUGAUGAAGAAGCACGGUUUGCCUGGAUAUACGGUGUUAAGGUUCACAUUGAUAUCCCAGGAAGCAGCCCGUUGGCGCUAACCGAUAGACACGCUAUCUUUCCUGCCCUGUAUCUAGGUUCUGGUUUACACUAUGGUCCGCUGAUGUAUUUACUGAUUCUUGGGGCAGACACGUCAAUUGCAGUGCGCGUUGGUCUCCUUCAGGUCUUCAGGAAAUUCAACCUUUCGGAUAGUCUUCUUUAUAGCCUGCUUAAAGACGAGCUAGUGCCAGCCGCGGAAGUGACAAUGCGGGUGACGUGA